AUGCGCGAGUUCAGAUCGGCAGGCGAAGCGGUUUGGCCUUCAAGACCCUGCGAACUAUUAAGAAAAAAUUCUUCUUCGAGAAGUUUCUAGUGAGCAAUAGUUAUUUAAAUUAGCGAGUUCAUCGCGUCCCAGGUAUAUGGUGAAUAAAGUCAGAAAUUGAAAAAGUCAAGAUCUGAAAAAAAAAACACCGAGACCUCUUCGAGCGAGCAAGUGCGCUCCACAGAAUAAUUUUUUUUUCGAAAUUUUUAAUUUCAUCUUUCCAAAUUUUUAUUUAAUGCAUCAGUUUCUGAUUCAAUUUUCGUUUAUUUGCAAUCAUUAAGGAAACUCCGAAGACAUUUGAAAGUUUUAGUUUAACUUUACACCGGUUUCGCGUUUCUCCUUUCCAAACUUUUCAGAAAUAUGAAAUUGAAUUGAAAAAGUUUCAGAUGUCCUUACGAGCAGAGUAUCUGAAGAAAUAUCUAUCAGGUGGUGCUGAGAAUGAUGAAAAGAAAAAGAAAAAGAAGAAGAAGACGAUGUUCAAGCCGGCGGGGUCGGUUAAAGUUUUCUCUUUUUUCAAUUUUUUUUAGUUCAAGAAUAUCCUUUUUUCAGAAUGAAGAUCGUUGAAGAUGACAGGUUCCUUUCUGUAGAAGCUGCGAAAAUCAAAGAAUAUGGAUCCGACGAAGAAAGAGAAGAAUUGGAAGUUAUAAAACAAAUUGUCACAAAGGUUUGUUUUUACUUCUGAAGGCUGAAAAAACACAAUUUUCAGGCCAAAGUUGUACCUGGUUUCAAGAAAACAUUCGCAGAAGUCGAAGAUGUGGUAAAACGUUAGUUUUUUCUUUGUUUUAAUUAUUCAGUUCCGAAAAAAAUAACUUUCAGAAGAGCCAUCCUCCCCUGAUCGGCCCAGCUCUAAGGAAAAAUGUAAAUUUUCACUCAAAUAUUUGAAUAAUAUAUUUUUUGGUGCUAUUAAAAAGUAAUUUUCAGCUUCUGUCGUUACGAAAAGACGGCAAAGACACGAUUCGAGCGGCAGCGAAGGUAUUUUAAGCUGAAUAGGAAGAUCAUAAGAUACAAUUUGAGAUAACUCGCCUGUUAGAAGAAAAAGACACGAUUCUUCCGAUUCUGACCAAUCGCCUCCCCGUGGAAAAAAAACGACAUGAUUCUGGCAAGUAUCAUUCCUCCGGCUUUUUUUCGAAUUAUAAUUUUUUUGAACUUCUACUUUUUAGAUAAUUCAGCUUCUCGGUCGAAUAGGCGUCGAAACGAUUCUGGUGAAUCUAAAUUAUUUUUUUAGAAAGAAAUUUACAUAUAAUUUUUCAGACAACUCACCUCAAAGACCUUCAAGAAAAACGGCACGAUUCUGGUCAGCAGUUUUUUUUUAAAAUUAAGAAAAAUGGUAAAAAAACGUCAUGAAUUUCAAAAAAAUUCCAGAUAAUUCGCCUCCUCGACCCGCACGGCGACGCCAUGAUUCUGGUUAUUACUAUUAUUUCUGUUUUAUUUUUUUCAAGUUGAGGGACUUUUUUUAAUCCUAUCUUUUCAGAUAAUUCACCCCCGCGACCUUCUAGGAAGCGUCAUGAUUUUGGUGAGAAGAUUUCGUCAUUUAUUGUAAUAUUUCAACUUUAUCAGCGGAAAUUGUUUAUUUUUUUGCAGAAAAAAAGUGUACGAUAGUUAAGAAUUUAAUUGAAAGAAUUUAUUUAAAAAAAUGUGAAUUGGUUUUUUUGCGCAGUUUGGAAAUGGUAGUAAAAUAAGGCUUCAAAGAAAGCUGAAUCAACAUAUAACUUAAACUAGCAGCUUCAUGAGUUUUCGUGGGUCGCUAAAAUUUCCCCCUAAUUUCUGUCGAAUUUCGAAGUUUUGUUUCUAUCUUGGUCUUUACAGAGAAGAUAAUGAAUAAAAAAUAAUUAGAAAAACACUUAAAAAUAGUUUUUUUUUGCAGACAAUUCGCCUCCUCGGCCGCCCAGAAAACGCCACGAUUCUGGUAAUAAAUUAUCAGUGUUUGAAGGAAAUUGUUUAUUUCCAGAUAGUUCACCGCCCCGGAGAUCACGCCAAGAGAGUACAUUCAUUCGCUCGAACUUUACAAAGAGGAUUAAAAAUUUCCAGGGAGCCCAUCACCGAAACGCCUCAAAAAAGAAGCUGAUUUGUCGCCGCCAAGAAGAUAUCGAAGAAACUCCGGUAUUUUUUUUUCAACCAUAGGAUUAUUUUCCCAAUUUCUGUCUUGUUUGCUUGAAAAUAUGAGCCAGUUUCAGAUAGCUCCCCGCCUAGAAAGAAUCGUCGACAGUCGCGUGAGUUUUUUUUUUCUGAGGAGAAACGUUGAAGUUUGCUACCGGUUAAGCGAAAAUAACAAAAAAAAGGAUCAAUAAGGGACGUGUAAAUUUGUAGCGGAGAAGCUUGAAAAGUUAGAAAUUUCACGUGAAAUGUUUUUUGAAUAAAAACCUAAAUUUGCUCUUACGAGGGAAUCGUCAGAGGUUAACAACGCAGAUCUGAUCCAUACUCCUGUGGUUGGCACUCUCAUUUAUAAAAAAGAAACGAUUAUUCGCUGAGCCCAAUAGGGUUAUUGAAGAAAAGCCCGUUUAAAAUUGAAAAAAGUUUGAGAACGGGAUCUAUCUGAUUUCCUGGAAAAAAAUUUUUUCUCGUAUUUCUAAUGUAGUGUAGUAUAUAGUGGCUUAGCGUUUGUCCUAGAAAACCAGGUGUGCAAUGUUCACCUCAGACGCUUUCUUUGCAAUUAAAAUUCAGAUUGCCCCAAUUUCAGCUCAAACAUCGAGGCGGCCUUCUUCUCCAAAAAGAAUCAAAAGAGAAAGUGAUGAUGAGAGGGAAAAUUCAAAACAAAAAACAUUGGAUGGAAAGGUUUUUUUUUAUCUCUCAACUCAUCAAAGUUUUUUAAAAAAUUUAACAUCAUUUUUCUCAGGUGGCAGGACUGCAAUCAGCUAGAGCUCUGAAAGAGGAAAGCGAUCGACUUCGGGCUAGGGAAGCCAAGGUUUUCUUUUGUCUGGGAAUCGAAGAUUUUGAAAUCAUUCAUGUUUUGGCUAGUUUUCUUGAAAAGUAUAGAAAACUAGCCUUUACCCGAUGUAUUUUGAUGAAAUCACUUAUUCCCAGAUGUUUGAUGAGCUUGAUGCGAAUGUAAGUGGUCGAGAUGCGGAAACAGUUCAUCGCAAAAAGCAAAUCCAACGCGGUGAGAGAGAGAGAGAGCGUGUGAAGUUUGGAGACGGGAGAAUUCAGGCAAAGACACGCCGGAGGAGAGAGCGAGGAAGGAACGAGAGGCAAAGAAGACAGAAGAGCUGAAGGAGAAGUACAAGGACUGGAACAAGGGCGUCGCCCAAGUGAAGGAUCGCGCCGAGCGACUCGAAGAAAUGGCUCGAGUCGCGGCUGAGCCCGUCGCACGUCGCAACGACGACGAGGAGAUGAACCGGUACCUCAAGGAGGUCAGUUUGGAAGAGGAAAAGGAAAGACUAGUGUUUGCGCAUUUUUCGGAGGAUUUUGCCAUCUACUAAAAGCUUUAUCAAACUUUGAUCCUGCCCUCUGUAAGAAAGUUUCAAUAAAGUUCACUCGAUGAAACUCGAUGAGAAAAACUCAAACUUUUUUCGAUAAUAUCGGAAAAAAAAUUAUAAAAUAUAUCUUCAAGUUAUUUUGAAUUCUCCAGAGUUUCUUUGCGCGUUUUUCCAUGGAUUGGUAUCAGAAGUAACUUUUAGAAGUUUUCCAUCCCACUUUCUAUUAAAAAUUUUCGUCCCUUCUGCGCAUCUAACCAUCAUGAUUUUGUCAAUGUGACUUAAGAAUCUGCGUUGGAUCGCAAAGAUUAUUCAAUUCAGCAACUUCACGAGGCAGAUCCAAUGGCAGCUAUGUUGAGAAAACGGAAACGAGAAUCGGCGAUUGAUCGAGGCGAAGACGGUGAGGCGAAAUCUUCAUUGAAGUGAAAAGAUAUUGUUACAGUGUACCCAAUGUACACCGGUCAUUGGGAUCCAAAUCGUUUCAUGAUUUCUCCUGGGUAUCGCUGGGACGGUGUGGACAGGUUGUCUCCAACCUUUUAUUCCAAACACGGAAAAACGAUACUCCAGAUCAAACGGCUUCGAAGGAAAGUUGGCACGAACGAAGAACCAGAAAGCGGCGAACCAGCAGGAAUACUACAAGGCUAUCGCUACACUCGACUGA